AUGUCUCAUCUAGAUCCGACAUCUCCUACAUCACCAAUAUCUCCUAAAUCACCGAAAACUUCAUCAUUAUCUUCACCAUCAUCUAUUGAUGCAAAUUUAAAAUCACCAAAUUCAAGAAGAAGAUCAAGUAUUAAUUCAAAUGAAGAAGAUCCUUAUGCUUUAGCAGAAAAAUAUUAUGGAGAUCAUAAAAAGAAAACUUUUGGAAAAGAUAGUCCAUUAUCAAGAGUACGUACAUUUAGUACUUUUGAAUCUCAAACUACAAAACAUGAUUUUUUGAAAAAAUUAAAUGAACAACAUCCCAUAAGUGAUACAAUUAAAGAACAAUCUGAACCUCCAAGUUCUAGUGGAUCUAAAUCACCAACUCCUUCUGCAACUUCGACAUCAACUUCUUCAUCAAAUACUUUACCACAACCUACCCCUGGUAAAGUCAAUUUUAAUUUAAAUAUUGGUAAAGAUAAAGACGAGCAUGAAGAAGAUGAUGAAUCACCAAAUGAAGUCCAUCCUACAAAUAAUAAUGAAAUUAUACCCAAACCCAUUAACAAUGAUCAAUUCUCGAAAAUAAAUCUUUCUCAUGAAUCAUUGAGUUCAGAAAAUGAAAGAAGAUUUAUUAGACAAAAUACUGAACAAGCUUUGAAAAAACCAUCUAUUGUUCCAUUAUAUGAAGAUGAAUCUCAAGCAGUAACUCCAAUACAAAGUAAUAAAUUACAUUAUAGAAGAGCUUCAUUGGAUGAUACUAUUAUUCGACCUAAGAAAUAUUAUAUUAGUGAUGUUCAAGAAACUUUAAAAGAGUUAUUAGAAAGUGAAGAUACUGAUAAUAAUUGUCAGAUCACGAUUGAAGAUACCGGACCAAAAGUUUUAAGAUUAGGUACGGCAAAUUCAAAUGGGUAUAAGUCAGCAUCUGUUAGAGGAACUUAUAUGUUAAGUAAUUUAUUACAAGAAUUAACAAUUGCUAGUAGAUUUGGAAGAAGACAAAUUGUAUUGGAUGAAGCUAGAUUGAAUGAAAACCCUGUUAAUAGAAUGAAAAGAUUAAUUUCAACAUCAUUUUGGAAAAAUUUAAGUAGACAAGUAACUAGUGAAAAUAUUGUUGAAAUGUCCAAAGAUACCAAAAUCAAAGAAACUUGGGUUGAUGAAAAUGGAGUGAAACAUGAAGAUCAAGAAAGCCAUAGAAUAUACGUACCUUACAAUAGAAAAGAUCAAUAUGACUUUUUUAUGAAGAUAAAAAACAGUAGGGAUGAUAUUCAUUUAGAUGUUCAAUAUUUACCCAAAAAAAUAGAUGCUGAUUAUAUAAAAUCUAUUAAUAAAAAACCAGGUUUAUUAUCCUUAGCUUCAAGAGUUGACCCAAAAAACCCAGACAAUUUAAUCAGUUGGCCUUAUGUUGUUCCAGGUGGAAGAUUUAAUGAAUUAUAUGGUUGGGAUUCUUAUAUGGAAACUUUAGGUUUAUUAACAGAUGUUUCUCCAAAUAAAAAUUUGGACCAUUUAGAAUAUGCAAGAGGUAUGGCUGAAAAUUUCAUUUAUGAAAUUGAUCAUUAUGGUAAAAUAUUGAAUGCAAAUAGAUCAUAUUAUUUGGGUAGAUCACAACCACCAUUUUUAACAGAUAUGGCAUUAAGAAUUUUUAACAAAAGUAUGGAAGUUAUACCUGAAGAAAUGAAUGAUUUACUUGAUUUUUUGAAAAGAGCAACUUUAGCUGCAAUCAAGGAAUAUGAAACAGUUUGGUGUUGUCCACCUAGAUUAGAUAAAAAAACAGGGUUAUCAUGUUAUUAUCCAGAAGGUAAAGGAAUUCCACCAGAAACUGAAGCAUCACAUUUCACUGCAGUUUUAAAAGAAUAUGUCGAUAAAUAUGGUAUUACUCAAGAAGAAUUUAUUGAAAAAUAUAAUAAUGGAGAAAUCAUAGAACCAGAUUUGGAUAAUUAUUUCCUUCAUGAUAGAGCAGUUAGAGAAUCCGGCCAUGAUACUUCAUAUAGAUUAGAAGGUAAAUGUGCUUGGUUGGCAACUGUUGAUUUAAAUUCAUUAUUAUAUAAAUAUGAAAAUGAUAUUGCAUUCAUCAUUACAACUUUUUUCAACGAUAGAUUAGAAGGUAAGAAUGGAGAAUCUUAUUCAUCUGAUAUAUGGCUCAAGAGAGCCACUGAAAGAAAAGCAAAUGUAAACAAAUAUUUAUGGAAUGAAAAAGAUUCAAUGUAUUAUGAUUAUAACGUUCAUGAUGAAAAACAAGAAGAUUAUGAAUCAGCUACAACGUUUUGGCCAUUAUAUUCAAAAUUAGCAUCAACUGAACAAGCUGCUAAAUUAAUUGACAAUUCUAUCCCUAAACUUGAAGAACAUGGUGGAUUAGUUGCAGGUACUUUAAAAUCAAGAGGUGAAGUAGGAUUAUCAAGACCUUCCCGUCAAUGGGAUUUCCCAUUUGGUUGGGCACCUCAACAAAUUUUAGCAUGGAUUGGUUUAACUAAUUAUGGAUAUGAUGGAAUUGCAAGAAGAUUAGCUUAUAGAUGGUUAUUCAUGAUGACAAAAUCAUUUGUUGAUUAUAAUGGUGUUGUUGUUGAAAAAUAUAAUGUCACAAAGGGAGCAGUUCCACAUAGAGUAGAUGCUGAAUAUGGUAAUCAAGGUUUAGAUUUCAAAGGUGUUGCAACUGAAGGUUUUGGAUGGGUUAAUGCAUCAUAUUUAUUUGGUUUAACAUUUUUAGAUCUUUAUGCUCAAAGAGCUUUGGGUACAUUAACUCCACCAGAUGUAUUUUUUAGAAAUAUGCAUCCAACUCAAAGAAGAAGUUAUCAAUGA